AUGAGCGCGCAGGAGCUGGGACCGGGUCAGUACAAGCUGCCUGGCACCCAGCCGGAUUCGACCACCAGCAAGACUCCCCUGGUGGAUGAUUUUCUCGAUGAAGCUUGGCAUUGGCUGCCAGUCCGUCAUCAGGGCGACGCACUGAGGAAGUCGCCUUCGGCGGCGCAGGGGGUACAUGAGAAUAUCGAUGCAUUAGGCCGCUUUUGCUGGCUACAGGUCGAAUCGCGGCGCUUUUUUUUCAUUGAGUUAGGUCCAAAUCAUGAAGAUCCAAAGGCUCGGGUGGAGACGCCUGACCAUGAAGCACCGCAGCAGCUGGAUUCCCAUCCUUUGAAAAUGGCGGUGGUGCUGCCAGAGACGACGACCACCCGUGCGCCGUCGCGGCAAUGCCUUUGUGCGGUGCAUCCCAGCUUGCCGCUACUUGCUGUGGCCAUCAGCGGAGCAGGCUCCGAAGUCCAGAUUUUGGACGCCCGCAGCUUGCAGCGCCACGAGAGUCGCGGCCUGGCGCUGACCAGCGACGAGCGGGUGUCGGCAGUGGCAUGGCAUCCGCGUCGUGCGCUGUUGGCUCUGCUGACUUCCCGUGGUGGCAGCCGGAUCCAUAUCUUGACCUCUGAGAGGGUGGACCGCCCCACCUUUCGCUGCCACGCCGCCCUGACGGAGCGCGAGCUCUUCGGAAACGACGAAAACGUCGCGCCGCUGCCAGCCGUGUGCUGGGCGCGCGAUCAGCUGCUGCUGGGGGGAGAGAUGCUGUGUGCUUGCCCGCUGGCGCGCGGUUUAAGCGGCGAUACACCACGCUGCGAAGUGCAGAAGCUGCCGAAGGGUGAGCCGCCCAUCGUGCAACUGCAGAUGGACGGGAGGACUGUCCUGCACGGAGCCGUGUUCGGCGCCGUCCGGAAAGUGUGGGCACAGUCUUGGGAUGUUGCAGCGAGGUGCCGCGUGCCCGGAGACUCCGUUUCUCCUGCGCUGUUGGUGUCGCUGAGCACGCUGGAGAAUGGACGAGUGACAGUUUGGAGGGAAUCCUGUCUGGAUGAAGCUUGCGCUUUCUUGCCAGAGGCGCGCUGGAGCGCCAGCUGUGACUGCGCCUUCAGUUGGGUCGCGCCCAAUUGGGAGGAGGAGAUGAAGUCAGGGAACCACAACCCCAGCCUGGCGCCACAGGAGGAGGAGCUGAAUGACGCCCCGCCCGAGGACAAAGUGCCCCUGCGCGCCACGGAGCAUGGGACCGCUUCCGCGAGCGCGGGGACGAUGGGCUCCGUGCAGCUCGCAGCUCGGCGGCGACCCGAAAGGACUAAGGUGAUGCUGGCCGAUGGCGGCACCGUGCUAUGGACCCUAGAGUGGAACGAUAUCUCCGCGCCGAUGAAGACAAGUCAAGAGGUUCACCGAAGCCCCUGCACAGCUGUGGCUGGCCGCAGCUUCUGUGAGAGUGGCAUCUUCGGUUACGGAGGUGUGCUGCUGGUGCGCCAGGGCCGCGAGAAGAUUUGGGAUGUUUGGCUCUGCUCGCCAGGCGGCGAUCUUCAACGGCUGCGCUUGGAGACGAACCUUUGGACGCCUGUGUCAGUGGCAGGAGCCCUGAUUCCCCCGGCCGAGGCACAUCGUGUGGUGUCGAUGGCAGUGCAUCACGAUUGGGGCUUUGUGGCAGUCUUGCUUGAGGCGACACAAGGUUCCAAGGUGGUACUCUUUGAGAUGCCGCCGUGCCGAGCCGAAUUCAUCUCUGGACAUUAUCAAGUCGCAGAAGGUCAAAGUCUGUUGCAUCAAGAUGCCAUUGCUACUCUGAUUUAUCCUGGCUGUUUGGCCUCGCUCCACUGGGCCCCUGGACGCGCCGUGCCGCCACGGCUGUUGGCCUUGGAGCGUGGUGGAGCGCUGUGCUGCGGGGGGGUGGAGCCAGGGCCCCCAGGGCCCUGGAAGGAGGUCUGCUGGGCCAGUGGCAUCCCAGUGCAGCACCUGCGGCGUUUGGAGGUGUCGAGUCAGGAGGACGAGAGUCCUAUUGCCCUGCUGGUGGAUGAAGCAAGUGGUCUCUGCUGCGUACUGGCACAGCUGGAGGUGUCCAGCAGUGCGAAGACGUCACGGCUGAAUUUGCUCUGGAGGUGCCCAGUGGAUGGAACCACCUCGCCCGCGAUGGCGCUGGAAUGGCUGGGUUUUGGCGCUGAACUUGGCGCUGUGGCGGGUCAGUUGGCACUCUGCAGCGACACGCAGCAGGUUCUGGUCACGACGCUGUGCAUCGAGGACCCAUCCAGUGGCACAGUCAAGUCGAGCCCUUGGCUUUCAGCGCCUCUCAAAGGGGAUCUGGUGCUGCAGCUGGCUCUCUGCGACGAACGCUUGGUGGCCUUGACGAGCCGGGAGGUGUUGGUUUGGCUACUGGUGGAAGGUCAAGACGCUUCGCUCAGCUAUGCCCACGUCUUGCCCUCUCGUCCUGUACAAGGAGGCUCGAGCAGUCGAGGGCCCUUGAGUCAGCGAGGCUUAUCUUCGAUCUCUUUCAGCAUCGAGGACGGCGCCUCCUUUAGCAGCGGCAGUCUGUCCUUGCGACGCCGUGCAGGUGGUGCUUUGCUGCUUCUCGUUGCAGCGAGCUCUGAUGACUUCGAAGCACCGCCAUCUGCCCUUUUAUGUCAGUAUGGCACCACGGGUUACACCUGGCAGCCUCUGGAGCUGCAUCCGGAGGCCUCGCCGUUCGACGGAUGGACGGCGGCCACGUGGACGGCGGAUGGGGCUGCGGUGCUCCAGGCAGGACACGCCCAGCAAGGUGGAGAAGGAAGCUGCUGCAGGCUGAGUUUGAUGGUGACUGCACUCCCUCCAGCUGCACAAGGAUCUCUAAGUGCUACUGUUCCAUGCCCUGCCUAUCAUCCCGACACCUUGAUUUGGCUCUUACGCCGGGGACAGGCGGCAUUGGCACGGCGAGUGAUACAGAACUUGCUGGAUGUACUUCGUGCCCGAAACCGCGGCGAAAGCUGUGGCAUCUCUCCAGUGGUGGGCAUGGCGCUGGAUGACUUUCACUGCGAGCCUCCCGGUCUCCACGAGGCCGAAGGCCAACAGCGUGGAAGGACGCGUUCCACGGAAGGUGCUCCGGCGGUUUCCGAGACGGCUGCGGACUUGUUUGGGGAUGACGACAUGGAGGCGCGUUUGGCACGCCUGAGAAAAGCCUGGAUGAUGGAGGACGAAGUGGAGAGUCCAGAGCAAGCCCAGGCGUCGACUCCUGACGCAGGAUGGCAGUUAGACCACCAAGAGUCAGAGGAGCUGUCGCGAUAUCUGCAGACCACCUCGUUGCCGGUCUCGUCCCAUGCGCAGGCCUCGGGAUGCCGUGGCUUUGGAGUGGCAGUGGGGCGGGAUCGCCCGCCCAAUCCAGGUUCGUGGGACACUGCAGAUUGUUGGCAUGAUGGUUUGUUGGUUGCUGGCACGAUCCUCUUCCAUGUGGUUUCUCCUGUGCUCAAGAGGGCACAAGCUCAGGAUAUGCACGCCUUUCGAUGUUGCUUGAAGGUAGAACAUGCAUUGCGCCAUGGUGCACAAGCUCAGGACACAGCCGUCGUUUGCUCAGGGCACAAGCUCAGGCUCACAACUGUCGCCUGGGUGGCAGCAUUGGCUCUGGGGACCAUCAUCACCGCGGUGCCUCUGGUGCGAUGGUAUCGGAGACGACGCAACCGGAAGUUCGAGUACGGCCCCGUGAAUCUGAAGGAGAUGACCCUAGCGGCAGCCAAGGAGUUACAUGCCAUGAAGGGACCUGCCAGUCCCUCUGAGCGAACCAGCCUCGUUCCUGAUGCUUUGUUGGACUUGGAGGAACAGGCCGAGAUGCACAUGGCACCCAGCGCGCCAUCGGAAGAGAGGGAGAUGCGCUCAGAGAUCCUGGCACAGAUGGGCGUGAAAAGCUUCAAACGCUUCUUGAAAGACCGGAAGGUGCCAGAGCCAAAGCGAGCCAAGUGCACCACGCUUCAGCUGAACAUAGGUCUAUACUGUAACCAAGCCUGCAGCCAUUGUCAUGUGGAGUCAUCGCCUCUGAGGAAGGAAAUGAUGUCCCAGGAAGUGGUCGAUCGAUGUUUGCUAUUGCUGAAGAACUCCCCAGGGGUGAAGUAUCUGGACAUCACGGGUGGCGCGCCAGAGCUGAACGAUGGCUUCCGUCGAUUGGUGGAAGGGGCAACAGCCUUGAGGGAGAGCCAAAAGCGUGAACUCAUGAUCAUCGAUCGCUGCAACUUGACGGUGUUGCUGGAGCCGGGGCAGGAGACGUUGCCCAAUUUCUUGGCGGAACGCAAGGUCCAUGUCAUAGCCUCCUUGCCCAGUUACGAGGCGGAACAAACCGACAAGCAGAGAGGUCGCAAAGUCUUUGAACGUAGUGUGCAGGGAUUGCGAAUCCUGAACCAGCACGGCUAUGGUGAAGGCAUCGGCCUACAUUUGGACCUCGUCUUCAACCCCCCUGGCCCCUUCUUGCCGCCACAGCAGUGCAAGCUUCAGAAGCAAUACAAGAAAGAGCUGGGUGACGCCUAUGGAAUCAAGUUUGAUCGACUGGUGACCAUAUGCAACAUGCCAAUCACCCGUUAUUUUGACUUCUUGCAAAAGAAAGGCGCCCUAGAAGGCUAUAUGGAUUUAUUGGUGAGGAACUUUAACGAACAGACUGUGCCCGAGCUGAUGUGCACCAACACGGUGAAUGUUGGUUGGGACGGACAGAUGUACGACUGCGACUUCAACCAGCAGCUGGAUUUGGGAUUGGGACGCGGCUUGAGUGUUUUUGACGUGACAUCCCUGGACGAGGCGAAGCUCAAAGAUGUGGUCCCUGGGCGCGAUGGCAGCGAUGGCCAAAAGGGAUGGGUUUUUUUCAGGCCAUUGCCACUGGAGGGCAUUGUUUCGGAUGCACCGCAGCUCAAGGGUCCGGCUGACAGGGAGCUCUGGUGUAGCGCCAGCCUGCAGGCCAGCCAUGGCCGGGGCUUCCGUUGUAUCAUCCCUUUGGGUCUCUGGGGGCUCGGCAACCGAUGUGCCCGCAUGGCCAGUCACAGGCAAGACAUCGGCGCCUCGCCACAUGCAGGUGACCUGGAUGAAAGCGGUCGACGCUUCAUGAAG